AUGGCAUCCACAGCGUCCUUUUACGGCACCAAUCAUGGGUUCCAAUUGGGGUAUAAUAGUGGUACAAUUGGCCCAAUCACUAUUGAAAAUCACCUUCCACCAGAGAGACCUGAGACACCACCACCGCCAUCAUCUACCGUACCCUUCCGCCGCGACCCAGAUUUUGUCGAUCGCGGAACUUUACUUGAUCGUAUUCUUGAGAAGGGCUCGGCAUCGCCUUCGAGGAUCGCGCUGGUCGGCCUCGGCGGCGUUGGAAAGUCGCAACUAGUCAUCGAAUACUCUUACCAAGUUCGAGAUAGGUCGCCAGACACAUGGGUGUUCUGGGUCCAUACAAGCAAUGCAGCACGUUUCGAGCAGAGUUAUCGGGAAAUCGCAGACCGAGUGAAAAUUCCUGGCCGGAAGGACCCCAAAACCAAUAUAUUUAACCUUGUAUCUGAGUGGCUCCACAACGAGGGAAAGGGUAAAUGGAUGCUUAUCCUUGACAGUAUUGAUGAUGAUCGCUUUCUCCAUGAAAUACCGUUGAGCAGUCGGGAUGAGUCCGACAGUCGCAUUCCCGCGCAGCCACUAUUCAAUUAUCUCCCUCUGAAUGCACAUGGCUCAAUUAUUAUAACGACACGGAGUAGGGGCGUGGCAGCAAAAAUGGUUGAAGAUGGAGACAUUAUUGCAGUGGAGUCAAUGGACCAAAUACACGCGCAAACCCUUUUCGAGAAGAAGCUUGGAAAACAAGAAAAUCAGGAAGAUAUCAUAGAGCUCAUUGCUGCUCUUGAAUUUAUGCCACUUGCGAUUGUUCAAGCAGCGGCUUAUAUCAAGCAAAGAGCGCCCCGCUCUUCAGUGAAACAAUACCUUACGGAGUUUCAAAAAAAUGAUUACAGGAAGAUGAGUCUUCUUGAUUAUAAAGGCGGGCAGCUCCGUCGAGAUCAGGAGGCAAAAAACUCCAUUAUUCUUACAUGGCAAAUAUCUUUCAAUCAUCUACGGCAAGAAAGGCCUACGGCGGCAGACUUAUUAUCAUUAAUGAGCUUCUUUGAUGGGCAUGGAAUUGCUGAGUUUCUACUCUAUGAUCGAAAUCAAAAAGGAACUAACCAUGACAGCAUGGAGAAUGAGACAAGUGAUAAGGAUGAAAUCAGUGCAGUGGACUCUGACGUGAACGACCAGUUUGAAGAGGAUAUCGUCACUUUAAGAAACUUUUCAUUCAUAUCAGUGAAUAUGGAUGGAGCCAGUUUUGGGAUGCAUGGAUUGGUACAGCUUGCGAUGCAGAAGUGGCUCGAGACAAACGGACAACAUGAACAGUGGAAGCAACAAUUCAUUCAGAAUCUCUCCAAAGAAUUUCCUAAACCAGAAUACAGGAACUGGGAAAAGUGCGAGUUGAUUUUCCCUCACGCACAGUCAGCGGUGGCGCAAUUGCCACAUACAGACAACUUAUUAGAAGAAUGGGCAUUGUUGCUAAACAAUGCAGCAUUGUUUGCUUUGAGUAAAGGCAAUAUAAUUGAAGCGGAGAAGAUGGCAGUAAAUGUGAUGAAGGCAACAAAGGAGAAACUUGGUUCUGAACAUGAGAGCACACUCAGCAGCACCAAUAUGGUAGGCUUAGUGCUUGACAGGCAAGGGAAAUAUAAGGAGGCUGAGGCGAUGCAUCGACAUACGCUAGCAGCUAGAGAGAAAAUGCUGGGAGUCGACCAUCUUGAGACACUGAUAAGCCUAGGUAAUCUAGCCGUGGUACUUGAUAGGCAAGGGAAAUAUAAAGAGGCCGAGGCGAUGCAUCGACAAGCGCUGGCAACUAGAGAGAAAGUGCUGGGAGUUGACCAUCUUGAUACGCUGAUAAGCAUGAGUAACUUAAGCUUAGUGCUUAAUAAGCAAGGGAAAUACGAGGAGGCUGAGGCGAUACAUCGACAAACAUUAGCAGCGCGAGAGAGAAUACUAGGAGUUGACCAUCCUAAUACGCUGACAAGCAUAGGCAAUCUAGGCUUAAUACUUAAUAGGCAAAAGAAGUAUAAGGAGGCUGAGGCAAUGAAUCGACAGGCGCUGGCAGGCUUUGAGAAAGUGCUGGGAGUUGACCAUCCCGACACGCUGACAAGCAGAAGUAUUCUAGGCUUCGGGCUUUAUAUGCAAGAGAAAUAUGAGGAGGCUGAGGCGAUGCAUCGACAGGCGCUCGCAGGGUAUAAUAAAGUGCUGGGAGUCGACCAUCCCAACACGCAGACGAGCAUCGGUAAUUUAGGCUUAGUGCUUGACAGGCAAGGGAAAUACGAGGAGGCUGAGGUGAUGCAUCGACAGGCGCUGGCAGGCUUUGAGAAAGUGCUGGGAGUCGACCAUCCCAACACGCUGACGAGCAUGGAUAAUUUAAGCUUAGUGCUUGAGAGGCAAGGGAAAUACAAGGAGGCCGAGGCGAUGCAUCGACAGGCGCUCGCAGGGUAUAAUAAAGUGCUAGGAGCCGACCAUCCCGAUACACUAGCAAGCCUAAGCAGUCUAGGCACAGUGCUUGAGAGGCAAGGGAAAUACGAGGAGGCCGAGGAAAUGAAUCAACAGGCGCUAGCAACUAGAGAGAAAGUGCUGGGAGUUGGCCAUCCCAACACGUUAGCGAGCAUGGAUAAUUUAAGCUUAGUGCUUGAGAGGCAAGGAAAAUACGAGGAGGCUGAGGUGAUGUAUCAACGGGUACUAGCAGGAUAUAAGAAAGUGCUAGGAGCCGACCAUCCUAAUACACUGGCAAGCCUAAGUAAUCUAGGCAUGGUGCUUUACAGGCAAGGGAAAUACAAGGAGGCUGAGGCGAUGCAUCGACAGGCGCUGGAAGUUAGAGAGAAAGUGCUGGGAGUUGACCAUCCCAACACGCUGACAAGCAUGAGUAAUUUAAGCUUAGUGCUUGACGGGCAAGGGAAAUACGAGGAGGCUGAGCCAAUGCAUCGACAGGCGCUGGCAGGGUAUGAGAAAGUGCUAGGAGUCGACCACGCUAUGACGCUGAUGAGCAUGCGGUAUCUCUCAGUCGUUUUGAAGAAGCAAGGUCGACGUGAUGAGGCUCUGGAAGUCCUCCACACUUAUAUUCAGCUUCAACAGCUAAAAUUAGGACCCGACCAUCCAGAUACCAUAUCUGCGACGGCUGACUUUAAUGACUGGCAGCCAAAACAUCGCAAACGCGAUAUGGUAACCAGGUUCUUCCGCAAACAGUAA